UCAAACGAUGUUUAAAGCCAAAACGGAAGUACACAGACGGGAACCCUCUUGCUCUGGUUUAGCUAACUUUUUAGCUAGCUUUUUUAAUAUACGUGAGUCGUAUUUAAGGUUGCCCAGAUGUCUGAUAAAACUAUGAAACGUCCAGGAGUUGGGGUCGGAAUUCUUGUAACAGACUCAGCGCACCCCGGCUGUGUUCUCCUGGGGAAACGGAGAAGUGCAAUGGGCCAAGGGAAGUACCAGCUCCCCGGCGGCCACUUGGAGUUUGGAGAGACGUGGGAGGAGUGUGCUCACAGAGAGGUGUUGGAGGAAGCAGGGGUGUGUUUGGUGAACGUCUGCUAUGCCUCUGUGGUGAACUCCAUCAAACUGGAGGAGCAGUACCACUACGUCACCAUCAUCAUGCAAGGAGAACUGGACAGGAAGCAGUCAGGAGAGCCAGAGAACCUGGAGCCAGAGAAAAAUGAGAGUUGGACCUGGACUCCAUGGGACCAGUUUCCUCCAGAGGAGCUGCUUUUCUUGCCGUUAGCCAACCUGAGACAACAAGGCUUCCAGCCGUUCAGGAACAUAAUAACAUCCAGCAUUGAAACUCAGCUUUAAACGUUUGCCUUGGGAAACUUCCAAAGCAAAAAUACCUCUUCAAAAGUCAAUCUCUUGGUUUACAACGGUGGAUGGAUAACAUGUAGUUUCUAAAACAUAAAACACAAUUUAGAGUGGCACAAGGACUUGAAAUGUUUUGAACACAAGACACGUUUCAAAGUUUUUAUUAUUUUGUAUUGCUUUUUGGCGCCAGAUGUUAUUUACAGUAUAUUUCGACGUCGUCAUAUUCAAUUAAAUAAAAAAGAUUUGUGGAUAUACUAAUGUGUCAGGCAUUGCCUAAAAUAAGAUUUGUAUUGAAGUCUAUGAUUAAUUAUAGGUGUAUUUAUGUAUAAUAAAUAGAAUCAAAGGUGCAUUGGUAUGUAUGAUGCAUUUACAUACUUUUGAUCAUAAUUAAUCUACAAAAAUGUAUAGCUUAAAUAAGGAUAAAAAACAUUUUGUCUUAAAAACUGGAGCUCCCCUUGAAACUAACCUAACGUACGCAAGAUAAAUGAAACUUAAAGCAAAACAGCAAGAGUUAUUUCCCCCCCUCACAUCAGGGUGGUGCUGGUGACACCCAAGGCUAACAGUAUGCUCCACAGGGUUGCAGCGGUGGUUGCAGUGGCCCCACUAAAGGUCUUGUCGUGGGCGUAGGUGAUGAUGUGCAGGGCUCCGCUGUAGGCCUCCUCGCAGGUCGGCUGGAUCUGAUCCUGGGGAAGCUCGAAGCCAAACGUCCCGCCAUCUCUCAACUCAAAGGUGUAGGUUAAGGGGAUCCCCUGCAUCCGGGCCCAGUCUUGGGAGGAACCAGAGUUGGCGUCUGUAGAAAGAGGGUACACUGCUGUUUUUCUGCUAGCACGGCAACAAAGUCAAAUAAAUCUGUGACCAGCUGUGAUGUGUGGACUUACACAACACAUCCGGUGAGGUUCCUACGGUGUAGUCCUUCCCGUGCACGCUCCGAAUGGCGUCUGCUGCACCCCUACCUACCUUCAUCUGAAGAAACACAUUAGCAUUUGUUAUACAGUCAUUGAAAGCAUCUGUAUUAGCUCUGUGUGCUUUACUUUUUCUUUAGUGUAAGAAAGAAAACUGAAAUGAGUUGUCUCAAAAUGACCCAUAAUGACUGCAAAGACAUGCAAAACACCAGAAAAAUUAGCAC